AAUAUAACACGCAGCUAGAAGAGAGAACAGAGAACUGCUGUAGCGCCGUCUUCGAGUGACGCCAUGACGCUGUUGCGUCAAACCCGGAAAAGUUCAUAAGGAAGUGUAGAUAUUUUCUCAGUUUAAAUAUGGCGGAAGUGAAUAAGCUCGAUGUGGAGCUUUAAUUUAAUUGGGAUGAGUACUGAAGCACUUUUACAGUAACUUUACAGCCAUGAGGUCUGUGUCGAGCGCUGUUUGGUGCGCUGUUGUCGGGUGUGGUGUAAUGGCGAUGCUAACAGCUGGAGCGCUUCUAACCGAAAUGGCUCAUGGUGUGCUCGUGGCUCUCUGUGCUGUAGCUCUGAGCGUAGCCGCCGCUCUCUCUGUCGAGUGUGUGAGGGCAGACAGGCGCAGUGUGUGCAGCGUCGUGCGUCACUACCUGUCUGUUAGGUGUGUGAGUCGAGCAGGGAGACGGCAGAGAGACAUGCUGGAGAGAGACACACUGAGUGUACGGAGAACGCAGGAGGAGACGCUGCUCAGGCGACUGAGAGACGCAAAACACACACGCUAUGGAGUGGAGUAUCACUUUGAUUCUAUCACAGAUGCCACGGAUUUCCGAAAAUGUCACCCCGUCACCACAUACCAUCAUUACGAGGAGCUCAUACGUCGAGUCGCCUCCGGAGAGGUAAAAGCCGUUGUCAUGGAGACGCCCAUGCUAACUAUGACAUCAGGGUCAUCGGGAUGCUGCAAGAUGCUCCUGAACACCAAAGAAACCAACAGUGACUACUUCUUACAGGGCGUCUCAGUGUGUGUAGACGUCAUGAGGAAGUCGUUUCCGGGUACAGCGAGUCUCCAGACGACAUUUAGACUGUUUUACCCAACAGCUGAGCGUUCCUCUGAGGCAGGACUACGAAUUGUACCGAUGCCGUUUUUCUCUGAACACACACACCAUGCCUGCACGAGUCCCACAGCCAUCUCACAGGUCCAGAAUGAGCGUGAUGCUCUUUACCUUCACCUGCUCUUCGCUCUAAGGGAUCGUCAUGUCGGCAUCCUGGAGUCCAGGUUCUCCUCUGCUGUGUUCGAUGCCUUCAGACUCCUUGAGGAGCAUUGGGAGGAGUUGGUUGAUGACAUGGAAUUGGGUCGGAUCAGCUCCAGGCUUGUUCUGGAUGCCUGGCUUAGGUCAAAGCUGGAAAAGCAAAUGAAGCCGGAUCCUGUUAGAGCGGCUGAGCUCAGGACUGCCAUCACAGCGGGCUUCGAAGGCAUCGCUCUCAGACUGUGGCCUCGUUUACAUCUGAUUCACACCGUCGACUCAGGGCCACAUCAGAUUUAUGGAGAGAGUCUCAGGCAGCUCUACUGCAGAGGCGUGCCCUUCUAUUCUCCGCUCUACACCGCUGCAGAAGGUCUGAUCGGAGUGAAUCUGUGGCCGCUCCAGGAGAGCAGACGUUAUCUGCUUUGUCCUCGCUCCAUGUUCCUCGAGUUUCUACCAGAGGAACAUUUAGAUGCACAACACAUACUUAACACACUGCUCAUGGAUGAAGUGGAGGAGGGGAAAAACUACGAGCUGAUCAUCACCACUGCGUCAGGGCUGUUCAGGUAUCGACUUGGAGAUGUAGUAAAAGUGGUAACAUUUCACAACCAGUGUCCAGUGGUGGAGGUUCUUUACAGACUAAGUGAGACACUAAAUGUCCGAGGUGAAAAAGUGAACGAGGCCUUGUUUUUAGCCGCUCUAAAGAAAGCGGUGACACAGUGGCCCGGCGCUAAACUGGUGGAUUACUGCUGUGCCGAGAGUGGAAUUCUGGGAGACACAUCAGGAGGAGCUCAGCCUCAUUACCAAGUGUUCCUGGAGCUGAGAGGUGUCAGGAACCUCACCGAGGAGCAGCGGUAUAAGCUGGACAUGUGUCUGCAGGCCGACUGUACAGUCUACAGGUCAUUCCGGAUCAAAGGCAGCAUUGGCCCAAUGAGAGUCCAGCUCGUUAGCGAGGGGGCAUUCUGGGAGCUGAAGAGUCACAUGAUCUCCUUCUACCACACCUCCAGAGACACGUUUCAAAUGCAGCGUGUCAUCCGCAGGAAAGAGUACGCCAACUUCCUGCUGAAGAAAACUGUUUCCUGAUACGCAGCUUUGCAUCGUGGGAGAGACAGAGCACACAUUCACAAACAUUUACACGGUUUCCACAGACACAGAACUGACUGAAACACAACGUAAACACAAACAAUUCAGUGAAAAAGAAAGUGCCGCAAUGCUUCCUGGGUAAUUUGUGCUCCUCAAGUCUUGAGUGAUGAAACGAGGUAAGAUAUCUACAGAGAUUAGGGAUUUAAUAAACAGUUAAUCAGUUCUUAAAUAUCGACUGCUACAGUGUUUAUUAUCAAAAAAGAGAUUGACAAUCUGUAUCAAUGUAUCAAGAAUUUUAUUUAGGAAGCUGAUUAAAGUUAGCUAAAAGAUUAUCCACGUAUUAUUAGGGAUUAGCAGUAAAAGACAGGAAGUGCUACUCAGCUAAACUAAUACUUUUUAAAUAGUGUAACUCUAGAAGACUCGUAUAGCUUGCCGUCAUCUCAGUGGCUAAACGAUGCUAAUCCUGCCAUUACUGGACACAUACACACAUCCUACAGGAAUUUGGAACAGUAUGGAGGAGGUGGAGGUGUUGCCCAAACAGACGCCGUAAACUUAUCUUCUGAAGCUGAAGAACGUUAGAUAAACCUUUCAGUUACAGGAAAUGUAACAUUGUGAUGAAGACAGUGAAUUACUUGACCGCAACUGCAGAAGUAUGUAGGAGGAAAAGCAAAAAUUGGCAAAAGAAGUAAUAAAGAAAGAAGAUGAAGCAAGUCAGGGAAGAACAAUGACAUAAAUAACUGGGGGAAAAAAAAUUAAAAAGGUGUGUGUGUGUGUGUGUGUGUGAGAGAGAGAGAGAUUUCUCCAGCAGAUGGUGCUGCAGUGUUACAUUACAUUAAGGAUGAGUGCCACAGAUUUUAUUAUUAUUAUUAUUAUUAUUAUUAUUAUUAUUAUUAUUAUUAUACUGGACUCUUACACGUGGCUAUUGUGUAUUGUAAAAGUGUAUUGUGUUGAGCACUGCAGAGAAUAUAGUAGAAGAACGCCUGUGAGAUGAGCAGAUAAUGAAGAAGGGAUGAAAGAAUAAGAGAAAGAAAGUCAAAAUGACAGAAGGGAUGUAAGGGGGAUGAAAGAAAAGAGAAGUAAAAAUCAUAAAAGAAUGUAUGGAGGAAAGAAAAUGGAAAGAAGGAGUGAGAAAAGAGUAAAUAAAAAAAUAUACACUACCAGUCAAAAGUUUGGACACACCUUUUAAUUCAAUGUUUUUUUGUUUAGGGAUUUAUUUUCUACAUUCUAGAACAAUACCGAAGAUUUCAAAACUAUGAAAUAACAGACAUGGACUUAAGUAAUCCAUAUGUAAUGACAACCAAAAUCAGUCAGUUGUUAUUUUAAGACACGAAGGUCAGGUGUUCUGGAAUAGUUCUUGCAAGAACAGUAUUGUCAAGUGCGUUUGCAAAACCCAUCAAGCACCAUGAUGAAACUGGCUCACAUGAAGACCAUCCCAGUAAAGCAAGACCAAAACUGACCUCUGCUGCAGAGGAGAAGUUCAUUUAGAGUGACCAGCCUCAGAAAUCACCAAUUAACAGCACCUCAGAUUAGAGCCGUUAUGAAGGCUUUACAGAGCAUCAGUAGCAGACAUAUCUCAAUAUCAACUGUUCAAAGGGCAUUAUUGUGUAUUUUGGCCGCCUUCAGCAUUGUUUUACAAUGUAGAAAGAAAUAAACAUCAGGAAAGACCAUGGGAUUAGACGAUGUGUCCAAACUUUUGACUGGUAGUGUAUACAAAAAUACAAAACUGCACAAAAAAAGAGGAACACGGGGAGGGAGAGAGAGAGAGAGAGAGAGAGAGAGAGAAAGAAAGAAGUAAGAAAGAAAGAUGAAGAAUAAAAAUGAGAAAUAAAAAAAAAUGUGAAAUUGAAAAAGAAUAAAAGCUGCAAAUAAUGAAUGGAUGGAAGAAAGUGGAGAAGUUAAAGGAAGAAAAAGUAAAGCAAAGCCUGAGUAAGUGAAAUAAGAGACAGAAAAAAACAAGUGUUAAAGGGAAAAUAAUCAGCGUAUGUGCGGUUACAGUAACUCCUCUUCAUCACUCCACAGCAUCACUGAUUAUUUUACUACAACUGCACAACACACACAGUGUUUUAUUCCUUACUGUAAUGUAGAGCACAUUCCUGCAUGUACAACCUCAUGGAAAUUUCUAGAGAUAUCAAUUACAUUGUAUGCUCUGUCUCUCUCUCACUCACUCACUCACACACACACACACUAACCCUAGGCUCUUAUUUGAUCUCUCUGAUGAGGUCUCACUGGGAUUCAUUACAUUUGCCUCCAUUACUUUAUUAAGUGCUUUAUUAUUAAACUUUCGAUGAUACGCACUGAAACUGACCCCACAGCAGACGGCUGCUGAUACCAGUGUUGGAUGACACACACACACAACACCAUACGGCAGGUAGGUAUCCCGCUGAAUUUACUAAACCCAUCACACACAUUUUAAAUAUCAAAUCUUCUCAAACACACACACACACACGGACCAACAAUGAGUCAGCUUCAUAGUGGGUUCAUGUGGUGUUUAUUUUAGUUACGGUGCUGUAGAUCACAACCCAACAAACCUAACAACUCACUGAAUUAUUCUAUUUAUUAUAGACCGCUUAAAGUCUUGAACCUUUGUGUGGUGUUCGGCUCAAAUCGAUCUGUUUUCUAUUUUUACUAAAAGAAUUUUGCGCUUGUUGUAAAUCAUCCACAUGUGCCCUUUCAUUGUUUCACAGAGCUUGAGAGCUGUAUUUCAUAGCCAGUGUCUGCAUUAAUCUUUUGUUCUUGUGUGUCUAUUGUUGUCCAUUUCUAUUUUUUUCCAUAGAUUUAUGCCAUAGGGUCUUUAUAAUAGUAUAUUUUGUUAGACAAAUUAUAAUUUUAUGACCAUAAGAUAAAAACAGUAUGUGUAAUGGACUUAUUUCUGAAGCGCUUUCAAAGCCCUCAUUAUGUCCAGGGUCACUUUGACCCAAAUAGUACUAAAAGGGUCCAAAGAGUGAACAAGGAAUAUGUAGUGACCACUUUUACUGACUGACUUUAAAUCAAACCUCAGAAAGGUAUUGAGUACUGAGUUGUUAAUACCGACAACGUAAUUUCUAUGACACCAUUAAAUGUACAAGAAAAAAUGAUGGUAAAUAUUUCACUAAUGAGUCUAAAUAAAAUAAAGUCUGUACUGAG